UUGGCCACAGACGUCGCUCCGUCACCCCGUUUCGUAACAGGCCGUGGUGUCUCUUCCCCUUCUCAGAGGAACAGAAUGGCAGCGCUCAGGACCUUUAGAAAAUUGUGCCAGCAUGCCCAACAUCAUGCCUAUAAACUGCACACGUCCGCACCGAGGGUGGCGGCAGUAGUCAUCUCAGGAAAGAAACUAGCGUGGCAAAUUCAGGAGGAGGCCCGGGCAGACGUGGAGGACUGGGUUCUAACUGGCCACAGGAGACCACACUUGAGUGUGGUUCUUGUCGGAGACAACCCAGCCAGUCACUCCUACAUCUUGAAUAAGACACGAGCUGCGGCUGAUGUCGGAAUUUCCAGCGAGACAAUUGUCAAGUGUUCAGAUAUCAGUGAGGAGGAGUUACUUGAUUUGAUCUACAAACUCAACACAGACCACCGUGUGGAUGGCCUGCUGGUCCAACUCCCACUGCCAGAUUACAUCAAUGAGCGAACAAUCUGUAAUGCUAUUUCUCCUACCAAGGACGUUGAUGGCUUUCAUGUAGUUAAUGUCGGUCGCAUGUGUUUAGAUCAGUCCACCAUGCUUCCUGCUACACCCUGGGGCGUCUGGGAAAUCAUCAAACGCACAGGUAUUCCUACCUUUGGCAAGAAUGUUUUGGUAGCAGGCCGCUCCAAGAAUGUGGGAAUGCCCAUUGCCAUGUUACUGCACACAGACGGCCGUCAUGAGAGACCUGGAGGUGAUGCCACUGUAACAAUUACUCACCGUUACACUCCAAAGGAUCAACUCCGGCAACACACUAAGAUCGCAGACAUUGUUGUGGCUGCUGCAGGGAUUCCAAACCUAAUCACAGCCGACAUGAUUAAAGAGGGAGCAGCGGUGAUUGAUGUUGGAAUAAACAGAGUAACAGACCCAGUCAGUGGAAAGAGCAGAUUGGUUGGAGAUGUUGAUUUUGAAGGUGUGAGACAAAUGGCGGGCUUCAUCACUCCAGUACCAGGAGGUGUUGGACCCAUGACUGUGGCCAUGCUCAUGAAGAACACUAUCAAAGCAGCUAAGAACGUUUUGCUGUUCCCCGCAGAAAGAAUCCGUAUGGCAGCUGCAUCUUAAUGAGCUCAAGUGAAUCCCAGCAGCAGUGACACAUUCCAAGCUGUCCAACAUUAGCAACCCCCUGGUUUUUUAUGUGGAGCAACCUGACGAGCUCCCCCUGCACAUAGACUGGAAAGAUGAUAGCUUUAAGGAUCCAUUCCUGCUGACAUCUUCAACCCUCCAAAUGACCAAGUCCAUUUUUAGACUGUUACAUUCACUUGUGCAGCUGGAUGUUCUAUACAUUAUGGUUCCCAGUGUUUUGACAGGUGCAAUGUAUUUCUGGAAUUUUAAAAAGGAACCUUGGGAGAUUAUUUUAUUUAUUGCUACAGUGGCAUCGUGUUUAAACAUGAAAGGAGACAGGUUACAGUAUUUAACUCGGCACUAACAGGCAGUUAAAAGAGAGCAACUGUGCUAUUCUGUUUUUUUUAGCCUUUUUUAUUGAGAGAAAUAAGGGCUUCAACAACAUACAAGCUUUAAAGAUCCACAAUGCCUUUUUCAAAGUUUGAAAUAAAGAUUGCAAUUGUGUUCUGGCACCAC